CUGUCAGCUGACGUAGAGGGUGUGUGUUUACGUCGCUGAUGUAAACAGAGAGGACCAUUUUGAUCAGAGAAAUCUAGAAGCCAGGGCACAGUAACUCAUCAAAGCUGUUCAGUUUUCACCUAUGCAACGCCUUAAAUAGUACUCUCGCCAUGGACUUCUUUAUCAAUGUGAAGGUGAAUUUCCGAGGGAACGCGAAGAGUUUCUUGCUGUCUGGCUCGGAGACGAAGAGCUGGGAGUCUAUGGAGGCCACGGUGAAGAGGUCUUUUGGCCUGUGUAAUUUACAACUGACAUAUUUCGAUGAGGAAAAUGAAGAGGUAUCAAUCAACAGCCAAUUGGAAUAUGAAGAAGCCCUGAAGAGUGCUGCACGACAGGGGAACAGACUACAAAUGAAUGUGUAUGAGACGAGGGGCAGUAGAGCCACAGUGCCAGGACCGGGCCCACCACCAGGAUCAGGGGUGGGCUUGGGACAGCUAAAACCUGGUACUGCUGGAGAACCCAAGAAGGGAUUCAGGCCUCCUCAGCACUGCCCUACUUUGGCACAAGUGGUGAGUCGCAAAGUUCAGGCUGCAGUCCCAGAGGAAGGAUUGGUAAUUGUGAAUGAAGUCAAAGGUGGGAAGGCAGAAGAUAAGACCCCUCCUGCUUGGUUUACUUCAUACAUGGAAAAGUUUAAGGACCAGGUGGUUAGGGAGGCAGUAGAGAAGAUUUGUAGGGAGUUCUCUGGACAAUGCUGUAUCCAUAAACCAGUGGGAGCAGAGGCUCAGGUUCCCGAGGUCACCUCAUCCACUCUCCCUGGGGCCCCAAAUCCAGCUCCAGCCUGCAGCAGCUGUCGGGGCCAGACCGCGGGCGGCGGAUACCAAUGCAGUGUGUGUACUUCCUGCACGCUGUGUGAGCCUUGCAGCUUCUCACAUGAUCCGAGCCACAACCUUGUGAGGGCCAGAACUCCCCUGUCUAUUCCUGAGCACGGCUCCCCAGCACCAGACCACAGCAGGUUCUACAGAAGGGGUGACCGUAGCUUUCGUAAGGCCGAGAAGCAGCGUCUUAAAGCGGAGAAGCGCCAGCUCAAGGCGGAGGUGAAGGAGAUCAGGAAGCAGCUGAGGAUGGAGAGGAGAGGGCUACAGUGGAGCACUGCUGGAGAAGGGAGCUCUUCACCCGUCCUGCUCCAGCCACGCGCUGCACAGGCAAACAGCCCAGAUCGUCCUAAACGUCCAUGCCCACUGGCUGUGCCAGCUAUGACAGCUCUACUCCUGGAUGAAAACCUGCCUGAUGGAUCUCGUCUGCGUCCUGGGACCAAGUUCAUCAAAUACUGGAAGAUGAAGAACAGUGGCAGAGUGUGCUGGGACUCUGAGACCAAGUUAAAGUUCAUGUGGGGGAACUUGGCAGUGGGCUCCGGUGAAAGAUGGCGGGAGGUUGCAGUGCCCACACUACAGCCAGGUCAGGUUGGUGUCAUCAGUGUGGCACUUUGUGCUCCGACGUUAGAGGGCACUUAUACAUCACAUUGGCGCCUGGCACACAGAGGAGAGCAGUUUGGACCGCGUGUUUGGUGCAGCAUCGUCGUGGAUCCACAUGCUCCGACAGCCAUCUGUGCUGAUGGGUUACUGGUGUCUCCCUGUGUCACCCCACAGGAGAAGUCUUCGCGCACUCUUGAGAGGGAGGGGAAAUGCCGGGCCUCAAGGGAACAGCUACCUUUGUCUGUAAACCAGGACUGUGAUCAGGAAUUCUACAUUCCUUCUGUGGACUUACUCACAGCUCAGGACUUACUGUCUUUUGAACUGCUGGACAUCAACAUUGUACAAGAGUUGGAGAGCGUGCCCAACAACACUCCUGCAGAUGUUACUCCAUGCAUAUCGCCUCUGCCCCAUGAUGGACCUCUUCAGGAGAAACCAACACUGGGACUCAUCCAAGAGGAAACAGAAGCCCAAGGGGUCAGCAGAAUCCUGGACGUGGCACAGGGCACAGAGUUAGAGGGGAUCCCAGCACAAGAGAAAGGCGAGGAGAGCAUCAUUGGGCUUCAGUCUUUGUUUAGUCCGUCUGUUAUCCGCUCUCUCACUCUUGAAGUGACCCGUGAAGUAGCUGAGCAUGGGGUGCUCUGUGGGAGAUGCCCAGCUAAAGUGGUGCGUCCGGCCCCUCAAGGUUCAAUGUCACUCUGUGAGAGGAAAUCAGAAAAGGUUUCAGAAUCAGGGCUAAUAUCUGCUCCAGCCCCGCUGAAAGUAGAAACGGCCCAAAUCUCCAGCCCUGCUUCAGCACAGACCGAGAGCUCUGAUGUAGCUGCUCCUCUGCUGAUGCUUCCAGCUGAGCUCAUCAGCACAGAUGAGGGUCACGAGUCUGACAUCGAGCCGAUCCUGGUGGAACCUGCAGGUGGAGAUCCGGUAGAAGAGGGAGAGGAGGAAGUGGAGAAGAAAGAGCAAGUGAAGGACACAGAAGCAGCUAAGGAAACCCGCAGCAGAACCUCAUCUGCGUCAUCCGAAGACUACAUCAUCAUCCUCCCUGAUUGCUUUGACACCAGCCGUCCACUAGGAGAGUCCAUGUACAGCUCAGCCCUGUCGCAGCCUGGAGAAGAGCUUGCAGAGGGGGACAAACUAGAAUCAGUGGACAUGGCGGAGCUCCAGAGCCCCAUUGCUGCGGAUGCUAAUGACAUGCUCUGUGCCUCCCAGACUCUGGAUGCUGUGCCGCUCACCCCUGUGAUUGUAGUGGCACCACGACCCUUGGUCAUAUCCUGCACAGAGAUACAAGAGCAAGUGGAAGAUGCAGCAGAGGAGCAGGAGAAGAGUAACCCUGCAGAGUCAGGAGAUAAGGAGAAGGAUUCUGAGCCAAAUCAACCUGACCCUGAGAACCCAACAGCAUCUGCCAAGUCUGAAACAGAAGAUCUUAGGGCUAAUAGCAUCACCGGUGGAUUGGUGAAGGGUGCCCUGUCCGUGGCAGCGUCUGCCUACAAAGCUCUUUUCACUGGACAGACUGGGUCUGAGAAGCUCCCAGAAGAUGCAGCUUCUCAUGACGCCAUGAUGGCCGUGCUGGUAGAGAUGGGCUUUGGUGACCGAGCACUAAAUCAGCGUCUGCUACAGAAACACAACCGCAAUCUGCUGGAUGUGGUAAACGAACUGGUGCAGAUGACUGAUAACAACUGGUACACGACGCGCUACUGAGAUGCUGGUUUCCCUUACAUGUGAUUUUCUUUUUUAAUUCUGUUUCUGUUUCUCUGUGCAAUCAGCAGACUCUUUCGUUCCAUUUGGGUUGUAAAGAUGGUGUGUGUGAAUCUGUCUGCUCCAAUGUGUAAGAGAUAAUCAUUAGACAAGCAGUUCAUCACCUUUCUAGUUGUGCUUGUUAAAGUUUGUUGUUAGUGGGCAUUAAUGUUUUCACAGAGAUGAUCAUGGGUAGCUAUUGAACACUAAUAGGUACAGUAAUUAUAAAAAAACCCUUGAAUUUAAAGAAUUAAUAUGAAAAUAUGAAAAGUUCUGCAAUCUGACUUUUUUUUUAUAUUUAGAGUGUUUUGUGUUCCCAGGUUAAGAAUAGAUUUUGGGAAAGUGCAAUAGAUCUGGUUUUGUGUGGACUCUUAAUCAUCAGCCGAGACCAAAUAGACUGAUAACUUUUGUCAUCUUUACAUGGACUCGAGAUGACAAAUUAAUCAAUUCCAUACAAGAGAGGUCAAUAUGAAGUUUAGUGUGUGAUUUUUUUUUUAUUUUUUUUUACUGUUAUUGCUUAUAGUACAUCUGGGAAUUAUUAUUAUUAUUAUAUUGAAGACCAAUGAUUUGUUUCUAAAAAGUCCACGAAAUAGGACACAUGCUGCACUUUGUGAAUGUGUUGCCAUUUAAAUACCUGAAAAAAUGUCAUGGCUUGAAGCAGCAAUGCAUUUGAAUAGUUAAAUGGACUGAUAUGUAGAAUAUUUGAAUUCAUGCUUUAAACGGUUAAAGUGGCAAGGCAAUCAUGACAGAUUUAACUCCAGUUAAAUGGUAAGACACAUCAAAGUGAGAGACAAAAUAAAAUAAAAUCAUGCAAAUGAUAGCGUAUAUAUUUUGAUAAUUAAAUUGCUCUUGUAUUUCGUGUAAUGAAGAAUGCAUCUCAGCACUUUUCUUCAAUGAGAGAUUUUGAAACUACCUGCUGUGUAGAAAACAUUCCCUGUAAAUCAUUUUACGUCUCCUGAUUUGCUUUUAUCCAUGAAGCUCUUGCAAGUGGCAUAUCCAUCAUUUAACUGACCAAUCACACACUUGUUUUUCCAGAGAUAGGGCUUAAAUAUGUUUUAGCACACAUUCCUUAGGAAAGCCGUAAGUUGCUCUUGUUGCUUGCAGCGAUCAGUAGCGGUUCUGGGUGAAACUGUUUGGAUCAUGUGAUUGUAAAGCAUAAUCUGUGGAGACAUGCGCCUUGCUUUGUGUUUGAUGCCUGAAUGAGGUAUUCAGUGUCUCUGCAUCUAAUGUACACAUCUGUCUGUAAUAAAUAUGCUAAUAAGUCUUC